AUGGCCACUCCUAAGCAGCAACUAUGCAACACAAUAUCUGGGACCACGUACAUUUUUGGGAAAGGGGGGGCUCUCAUCACUUUCACCUGGGCCCCCAAUGAGCGGCCGAGCACCCGAGCCGACCGGUUAGCCGUGGGCUUCAGCACUCAGCAGAAGGACGCCAUCUUGGUGCGAGUGGAGAGCACCCAUGGGCUCGGAGACUAUCUUCAGCUGCACAUAGAUGAAGGGAAAAUUGGUGUCAUCUUCAACGUGGGGACAGAUGACAUCACCAUCGAUGAGCCUGCUGUCAUUGUAAAUGACGGCAAGUACCAUGUAGUGCGCUUCACACGCAGCGGAGGCAAUGCUACCCUCCAGGUGGACAGCAAUCCGGUUAUUGAGCGAUAUCCACCAGGACACUAUGAUAAUGAACGACUGGCUAUUGCUAGACAAAGAAUCCCAUACAGACUUGGUCGGGUAGUUGACGAGUGGCUACUCGAUAAAGGGAGACAGUUGACCAUCUUUAACAGCCAGGCAGCCAUUAAAAUUGGCGGUCACGACAAGGAUCGGCCCUUCCAGGGUCAGAUUUCAGGGCUCUACUACAACGGUCUCCAGGUGCUCAAGCUGGCAGCAGAGAACGACCCCAGUGUUCAGGCGGAGGGGAACCUGCGUCUGGUCGGGGACUCGUUCUCUGUUUUGACCACCGACAUCACCUCCGCCACCCCGCUGGCAGUGUCCGAUAUGUCCACCACAAUCAUGGAGACCACCACCACCAUGGCUACGACCACCACCCGCAGACAGAGGUCGCCCAGCUUGAGCGAGAGCAUCUCAAAGCCGCAGAACUCUGAUGAUAUUUUGGUGGCAUCAGCCGAGUGUCCAAGUGAUGAUGAAGACCUGGAAGAGUGUGAACCAGGAACAGGAGGUGAAUUAGUGUUGCCUAUUAUAACAGUGGAUUCCCUUGAGCCCCCAUCUAUCGCCACCCGUUACCCCGUCAUCCCUCCUCCCCCUACCCUCCUCUCCCCACUUGACACCACCAAAGAGCCCCUGAUACUCCCCCCUCACCCUUCCUGCCCCCCGGACCAGGAAGACUGUGGUGACCCUGUGGAGGUGUCGGCUUUCGGCUCUGGGGAGAUGACAGAAUCGGAUGACGAGGACUUUUACAAAAAUAACUCCCCCAUGGUCACUGACAGGACAGUUCUUCCUCCACCUCCCACCGAUGGUGAAGGUAGAGUCCAGAAACCCCGCCCCCUACCUCCUUAUGUUCCCACCACCAACCCUGACAAGCUCCACAUCCCCGCAGGCAAAAUGAACACCCGUGACCAGGUGCUUCUGCCUCCUGCUCCUCCUUCUUCCCGAAACACACCAGGACUAACUUACCCCCCCAAUUUUCCCCAUGUGCCCACAGCCAACCCCGCAGCCUCUGAUGAAAACAGCCAGCCGGGUGCCGUAGAGGUGAUCAGGGAGUCCAGCAGCACCACGGGGAUGGUGGUUGGUAUCGUGGCUGCUGCUGCUCUCUGCAUCCUUAUACUCCUCUAUGCCAUGUACAAGUACCGCAACCGGGACGAGGGCUCCUACCAGUCAGACCAGGGCCACAAUUUUGCCAACAAUUCCACUGUGGAGGAAAACGGAGCAGUUAUCAAGGACAAAAGCACAGCAACGGCCUCUGUGGCCAAGGCAAACACAAAGGGCAAAAAGAACAAAGACAAAGAAUAUUACGUCUGAGAGCGGAGUAGGAGAGAAGUGUGGACUGAGACAAGAGGUUGAGAGAGGUGAUGCUUUCGUUUCGCUCCCGGGUCGACCAUCAGAGACAUUUUCACAGGCCACAAAAAACAACUGCACAAAGCGAGGCUUGCUUUUUUCAUUUUUCUCAAAAGUCAAGGUUUGCCCAAUGAUAAAAUUCCUUCUCUACAGAACAAGAUCUGAAUAAUUCUCCGGGUCAUAAUGUGCACCCGGUCUGCGUUCACCUGUUCUUUGUUAGUGUAUCAUUUUUUUCUAAAAAUGUUUUCAACAGGAUAUGAAGAGGCAUACCCGUUUUGGCUUUGUAUAUAGCAUGGUACAGUGGAGAAAGUGCGAGAACAUCUGGACAGAUUUGCCUAAAUGUCUUCUUUGUACCUCUUUGUAACGCUCUAUCUCAAGUCUCAAUGUCCCCAUCGUGAUAUAUGAAGCAGGACAGGGCAGUUAUUGAAUUUCAACGGUAGAUGAGCAGAAAGCACCCAAGUUAUUCUGACUACACUCGAAAUGAAAGCACUUUUAUUUGAAUAAGAUAUCAUCUCUGCAGUCUCAUUGUUAUGUUAGGUGGUUUUAAAAUUCACUCUGCCUCUGUCCAUGAGAGUUGGUAUUAUGUUGCUGGUGCAGUAUCAUAAAUGAAGCAUAUAUAGAAAAAGACGGCAUUCAAAAAGAGGAAUUAUGAAACACUACGUUCUCCGGCCAGUGAACCUUAUAAUAUGAUGGAUCAGAAAUGUUAUUUAUGUGAGAUCUCAGUCAGGAUAAAUGUGAUAAAGUCAGUCUACACCAGUGAAGGUAUUUCUCUGUAAACAUUGCUUGUAUGUACAUAUAGAGGUUAGCCAAUUGAAAAAGCAUUGUGUCCGCUGGGGAACAGGUAUGAAGAAGAAUAAACGUCUGAGACGCUCUGCCCCCCCCCCCCCCUUCCUCACACUCUAUCACAUCAGAACCGCUGCCGCCCGAACUUCACAGGUUCUGUAGGAAAACUGAAACACAUUCGAGGAAGUAUUUCUUCUUGGAAAGGGAGAAGCAUCUCGUCUCACCAGAGGCUGGCUCACGCUUGAUCUCUCAAAACUGUCACGGGAUCAUUCAAAAAGUACACGGAAAAUGUAAACAUAUAUUUGAGACAUAAACACUCCUUGUAAAGCAGCCAAACAUGUAUUGUUUUUUCUAUCAGUUACUAAGAGACUAUUCUAUGAGAUGAAUAAUUGAAGGUUUGUGAAUUGUAUUGAUAUUUCGAUGUAUCUUGUUACCACUCCUCUUAACACAUACCAUUUUAGAUUGCCUUUUACUUAAAUCCAGACAAGAAGCACACUUUCCUCUGAAAGCUGCAAAUAUCUUCUGUUUUUGCAUUAUUGACGGUUCAGAUUAUGCAGAGAAAACACAAGGAUGGAACAAACAAAUGUUUUGUUUUGUUGCAUUGUGCAUUUUAUAUGUGCUGAGUCUGUUACUCAAUGGAUCUGAAAAUAUAAAGCCAUUUUCUCUGUUGAGUUAUGUCUACAUUUACUUAUUCAUGCUCUGUGAUUUCCUGUUAUUUUUUAUGAAAGUGCCAUUCAACAUGAGCUGCUCAGCACUCAGAAAAUAUUCCAUUCCUCACUCAUUGCUAUUGUAUAGUGUUCAUGUGAAAUGGAUCUUAAUAUGUGUACAGAACGUGGAUAAAGAUGAAAAUACACUUGAUUAUAUACUUUGUA